AUGGCCGCAGUUCAAGCCAUCAAUUCCUCUGACGAUCCCAAAACCCUUGAAGUCAUAGACUGCCGACGACUCCUUCGAAGCCUUGAGUCACACAGGAAAAACAUUGUCCUUCAGUGGAUACCCUCCUACUGCGGAGUUGUAGGAAACGACAGUACAGAUUUUUUGGCCAAAAAGGGCACCUCAAUUAUUGAAAUUCCUUCCCGCGCAAUACCAUUUUAUUCCAUCAAGAAAAUGGUGACAAAUUGCAUAAAAGACCAUUCCCUCAUGGACCUGUCCAAAAGAGUGUCCGAUAAACCUUGGAGGGAUUUAGUUGCAAAAUCCUAUAUUGGUUCAAGGCGUAGAGCUGUGGCAGAAUUCCGCCUGGCUACUGGACGCGACUGUCUUCCUUCGCAGAAUUAA